AUGCAGCGCAAGAGCCAAAGAGGUCUCUCUGAUGUACAAGCCAGAGUCGCAUUUCUCAACAAUUUAUCGCGCGCGGGUAGCCCAGGAGCCGGAGCAGGAUCAACAUCAGCUGGAGGAACUGCGGCCCUUCAACGAGCCAUCCUUGGACGCGAGGAGGCCGAAUCAGCUCUAUCCCGCGUAUCCUCGCAACUCUCAGAAGCCCAAUCGCGGGAACGCCGGAUCAGUGAAAGACUCGAGUCACUACUAGAAGAAUUACAGAGCUCCAAAGAACGCCAGGCCCACGAGAGAUUGGUCUUCGAGAAGGAAAUACGAAAAGCUAGAAAGGAGGCAUUCCGCGCUGGAUCUGCGCUCGUGAAAACGCAAGAGGAACUGAAGCACAAGAAAGCCGAGGCGAAGGGGCUAAGCGAGGAAGUACAGUCCGAGCGAGAAGCGAAGGAGAAAGCGAAACAGGAAGCUUUUGAGCGUGCAUAUGCAAUUGCGGGCUUAACAGAGGAGCUCGAUGAAGUCAAGGGUCGACUACGGACGGCAGAAGCAAAGAACCAAGCGAUUACCCUUCAACACGCCCGGGCGCGCGAGAUUAGAAAGCUGGAAGCUCCUAGGAUGUCCAUAGCGGAGGGAGACCUCGCCUUGCUGAUGACUCCAAGCCCACGAAAACCCAAACGACCUUCGGACGCUCUGGGUGAUGAGUCUGCACAGAAGAUAGCAGACCCUGAAGCUUCAAACCACGAAGAUACACCACCGAAGAAGCAAAUCAAGCUAACCGAGCCCGCAUCUCCUUCUCAUCAGGAUACGCCAUCGAAGAAGCUAAUAAAACUUUCCGACCCUUUGUCUCCACGAUACUCCCAACAAUUCGGGGAGAGCCCUCCUCUUACAGUACAAGAGCUUGUUGACAGAUUGCAACUAGAGCUCCGGUGGGAGAGGAACGAGAGGAUCAACGCAGAAAAAGACGUCGAGUUUAUGCAGCUACAGUGCAUGUUCAAGAUAUGCGCCUGCCGCGAACUGGAGAACUUGGAGAUUGAAGCCCGGGGAAACAAGGAGGUCAGCGCAGCUGAGAACCAGCCCCAGGGCCAGAUUGAUGAAAGUAAAGGCGCCGAAGAGAGUAGCCAUCAACAACAAAUAACGGGGCCGUCUGAAACAGAGCUCGAAGAGGUAGUGACCCGCCAGGAAGAAUUCCAAAGGGACACGAAAGAGCCUGAUAUCCAGGCGCAUAUCGAGGAGCAGGUGGUUCAAAGGGAAAUGCAUGCGCUGGAAACCCAGCCCGAAACUGAGGAGCAGGAACCCAAGGGAGAUAUCCGAACAGACAGUCCACAAGAAGACGAGGUCAAGGCAGAGCAAACCCAGGAAGACGAAAUUAUGGAAGAUGAAGUCCAGGAGGAAGUGGGGGAACCGCUCAUCACCUUCUCGCCUGCUACGGGAACUUUCCGCACCAUACCUUCACCACUUCGGUCGCCGCAAAAGCAGCCUCAAGAAUCUGCUCCUCAGGAACUCCAACCUUCGCCAAUCAAAUUUAACCCCAGGCUGGAAGCUCAGUACUCUCCUUCCGCAACCCCUGCUCAGAAGUAUGAAUCCCAUCCGCGUGAAGCAUUAUCUGAAUCAAUUUCUCAAAGCGAGGCUUAUUCUAGAGAUUUGACUCCAGAAGCUCAUCCUUCUCCAGUGGCCACUGAAGCGCAGCCGCAGCCGGAAUACGAAGACUUGCAUCAUAUUGAGCAUGUGAACGAAAUCCACAACGUCAAGCGCAUCCCGUUGCGCAGUGAUAACGAGGCGUCUGAUCCCUCCGUUAUUGCUCCAGGUACCCCCAUCAGUCGGGAACAAGCACUGGCCCAGAUCAGAGCUCGGCGUGGAAGAACCAGCGAAAUGAAGAGGUCUGUUAGCGCCAGCGACGCUGGCUUUCGGGCUGGCGGGCUAAACGUCACUCCGGCACGGCUGGCUCGGAGGAUUCCCGGCGUUCAGAAUGCUACAGAUCCGCGAGGUGACGGCGUCAAGAAGAAUCGCAGAGACAUGAGUGCUCCAAUUAGGCCACUCCGAUAA